AUGGACAUUGGCGUAGUGGGACUGGGUGUCAUGGGAGAGAACCUCAUUGAAAAUAUGCUUAGUAAUGGGCAUACGGUAAGUAUUUAUAACAGAACAACAGAGAAGACGACUACUUUCAUUAAUAAACUGAAUAACCCGAAUGCGAUCGGGUGCAGUACACUCCCUGAGCUAGUGAACAGCUUAAAGCCACACAGAGUCAUUUUAUUAAUGAUUAAAGCAGGCAGUGCUGUAGAUGACGUACUAACUGCAUUAGAAGGGUUACUUACACCUGAGGAUAUAAUCAUAGAUGGGGGUAACUCCAAUUAUCACGAUACAGUGCGUAGGUAUACACUAUCACUGGGUAAGUACUUAUUCGUAGGGUGCGGUAUAUCCGGUGGUGAAGAAGGUGCUCGGUACGGUCCAUCAAUCAUGCCGGGUGGUAAUGAUACUGCAUGGCCAUUCAUUUCAGGUAUACUGCAGAGCAUAUCCGCAAAGACGGAUGGACUGCCUUGCUGUGAAUGGAUCGGCAGUUCUGGGAGUGGUCACCUUGUUAAAACCGUUCAUAAUGGGAUUGAGUAUGCAGAGAUGCAAGUACUUGCUGAUUUCUAUCAGAUGCACAGGGUAAACCUGUCCCCACCGGAAAUAUCCGAAAUAUUCCAAGAGUGGCGUAAUUCAGGCACGAACGGGUUCUUAAUCGAUGCAAUCAUAGAUAUCUUAUUAAAACAACAAGAUAACCAGCACGUAAUAGACUUAAUCAUAGACAUAUCAGAACAAAAAGGGACUGGUAAAUGGACUGCAUUAGAGGCACUUAAUAAGAACACUCCAACUCCCGUUAUAAUUGAAGCAGUUAAUGCCAGGAUAUUAUCAAGUAAGAAGAGUGACCGUGUACACUUAUCAAGUAUUCUACCGUCAUGUACAGUGCCUGAUAGUAUAACUGACUUAUCAUAUGAUGAUAUAAGGAAGGCAUUCAUCCUGUGCAGAGCCAUUUCUUAUGUACAGGGGUUUAACCUUAUUAAAACCAUCUCAGAUGAGCAUAACUGGAAUAUUUCACUGGAUAAAUUAUGCCGUAUUUGGGGUAAUGGGUGCAUUAUAAGGAGUGACUUCUUAAAGACCCUUUCUAAUAUGUCCUGUAGUAAUUUACUAUUUGACUCACCUGAGUUCAUAAAGAUAUCUGGUGAAGGUGUCCCUGUGCUACGCCGUAUGAUUAAGUACUGCAUAAAUCAGGGCGUACACAUUCCGUGUUUAAUUUCUGUACUAAGUUAUUAUGACGGUUUAAGAACGAAUAAUUCAUCUGGUAAUAUGGUACAAGCAAUGCGUGACUACUUCGGUGCGCAUACAUUACUUAUAAAAGACAAGAAGGAGCACAUUCACAUACACUGGAAGUAAUAAACAGCAUAACCCGAU